CAACCUCCUCUCAGCUCUCGCGAGCUUUCGACUUCCCGGAAGCGCUGGAGCCGGGUCCCUGUAAAGUGCGUCGCGAUGUGCGUAGACUGUGUGGAGAAGGAAUAUCCCAACCGGGGUACCAUCUGCCUGGAGAAUGGAUCUUUCUUGCUCAACUUUACAGGCUGUGCAGUGUGUAAUAAGCGGGACUUUAUGCUGAUCACCAACAAAUGUUUGAAAGAAGAGGAUGGAGAAGAAAUUGUUACCUAUGAUCCAGAUCUCUGUAAGAAUUGUCAUCAUGUAGUAGCCAGGCAUGAGUAUACAUUCAGUAUCAUGGAUGAAUUUCAGGAGUAUACCAUGCUGUGUCUGUUAUGCGGCAAAGCCGAAGAUACUAUCAGUAUUCUCCCUGAUGACCCCCGACAAAUGACUCUGUUGUUCUAAGAAUCCUGCAGUUCUGUUGUAAUUCUGUUGUUUUGGUUACAGUAUAGCAAUUCUCAUGGCUUGUUUUAUGUAGAUUAUAAUGGAAAUUACUCACUUUUUUUUUUUCUGUUUAGACUCACCUAUUCUUUGAAAGGAAAAGUAAUUUGGGGGGUUCUCUCUAGAGCUGAGCUCCUCUGCCAAAGUUAGUUUAUAUUAAUACAUAAAUUGGAGAGAAUAGAUAAAUCUCCCAUACUUCAAAUAAUGUAUGUAAAUACUCUCCACUCCUUUGUGUGGGCUGGGCAUUGUCACUUUUCUUCCUAAAAGUGCAGUAUGGAGAGAAAGAGGAAAAAAAUAACCUUAUUGUAGGGAAACCUGAUAAACACUAGCUCAGCCAGGUGAUUAAGAAUAACAGGGGCCAGGAGACAAAGGAGGAGGGGUUUUGGAGGAGGAGGGGUUGAAGAAUCACAGCUGCAAUAUAAGACUUGUUCCUUGUAUGUACCCUUCAUGGGAGGUGAUGAGAAUGGCUUUACUGCUGGAUGUCAUCGCCCAAAUCCAUGACUGUGGCCUCAUCAUGAGAAAGACAUCAGACAGAUCUCAGUUGAGUGACAUUAUCUGACCAGUACUUAAAACCAUUACAGUCUUUGAAGACAAGAAAGUCUGAGAACCUCUCACAGCCAAAAAGAGCCUAAAGAAAUGACAAGUAAAUGUAAUGAGGUAUCUUGGAUAGGGUCCUGGGACAGAAAAGUGGCCUUUGUAAAAACUAGAGAAGUCUGAAUAAAGUGUGCACUUUAGUUAAUUUAAUUAAGUAGAAUGUUUUCACUUGCUCCAAACAGAUCUUAGAAUAUCUUACCUUGUAUAGUUGAAAAAACAUUAGGUGGGACAACUAGGCCUCUCUGACAAAACUGUACAGGGUCAAGCACUAGAAACAAAAUUGUUUCCCCAUCACUUUCAAGAGAUUUGGAAAUUGAGCUGAGUCUUUGCUUAUACGGAAAAAAGUGAAGUGUUCAUUGUUGAUACCAGGGAAAAGCUUUGUUGUGUAACAGGAAUACUAUUUGAGGUUUAUUGAGUACUUACUAUGUGCAAGGCCUUUGUGAACACUUAUUUAAUCGUUAUUAAAAACUCCAUGAAGAAGGAGCCUCCCUGGUAGUGCAAGGGGUUAAGUCUCCACAUUAUCAAGCUAUUGCCAGUUACUGCAGCUUGAGUUCCAUCCCCGGACAGGGAGCUAACUCACAUGGUGAGGUGGACCCCUCCUCCCUCCCCCACUGCUCCCCUCAGCAGUGUAUUUCAGUAGAUCUGUCUGUUCUUUUCCCCACUCUGUCUAUGGUGAAUCCUCUCACCUCCCCAUACCUCUGGCCUACACCCCAGUUCUUGUGUGCAUAAAUAAAUAAAAAUAAAUCUUUAAAAAAAAAAAAAACAGCUCCAUGAAGCAGAUACUGUUGUUAUCCCAACUUUAGAGCCAAAGAAACCAAAGCACAAAGAAGUAAAGGAACUUAAGGUCACACAGCUAGUAUAGUAAACCUAAACCCUCUUAGCUCUAGUGUUCAAUAAACAUGAAGUGUAAGGUCUGGCAAGGGUAGAAGAGGUUGAGAAUAUCAUUGACAGCACUCUGAAGAAUCUGGACAUGUCAGACCAGUAUUUAUUAUUCUGAAAAGUUAAGUCAGCUGCUCCUUAGGGAUCAGUUGUUUUCUUCCUGGAAAAUGUUUUCUACUCUUCUGCAAAUCUAUAUCUGACCUGCUGAGGAAAUCAUUUGGUGAAAUGAAUCCAGAAAGCAGAGAAAAUGCUUCAUUACUUUAAAUAGCAGCACUAAACCCAUUACAGCCUCUGAAUUGUCCCUUCUUGGAGUUUGCUAAUGUUUCCAAUUCAGUCAUUUGGAGCUCAUGAGGGCAAUUUUAUAUGCUCCUACCAAUAUCUUCAUCUAUUGAAGAAUGUGUAAUUAUCUCUUUUGGACUAUAUAUUACAAUAAGAGCCUAGCCAUAUAUUUCAUAAUUUUUUUUGAAGAUUUAUUUAUUUAUACAAGUGCUGGGUACAGUCAAAAGUGCGGGAAGGUAAGAGAAUUCACCAGAGCCAGAGCGGGGAGCAGAACAGGCAGACUGACGAAGUACACUGCUGAGGGGAGCAGCAGGCGCAGCAGGAGAGGUCUGCGUGCCAUGUGGACCCUCGCCUGGCGGCCAGGAUUGAACCGGCGCUGCAGAGGCUGCGGGCAGCUUCGCAGCCCAGCAUUCAAAUGCUGUGCCACCGGGGAGGCCCUAUUUCAAUUAUUAAACCAACAUUGUGCUGUGUUUGUGAUACUUUCUUUAACUUCUUCUAGAACUUUUCUGUGGAAUAAAGACCUCUGAAAUCCAGUUAUACUGAAUCUGUAUUUUUCUUUCA